GAAGCUCACUACUGCGUGUCCCGCAAGCACUUUGCGAGCGAGCAGGGCUGCAAGCUCCGGGGGCUGCAGCCUGGGAACUACAGCGUGCGGAUCCGUGCCACCUCCCUGGCUGGGAACGGCUCCUGGACUGAGCCCACCUACUUCUUCGUGGCUGAUUACUUGAAUGCUCAGCCUAAUAUUGCUGUUAUAAUCGUUCCCAUUAUUUUUGCCAUAAUCAUUGCUGGAAUUAUUGGAGCUGCUUAUGUGCUCGUGAAAAAGAGACAAACUGAAGGACCAACUGGACCUCUGUAUGCAUCCUCCAACCCUGAGUACAUCAGCGCCAGCGAUGUGUACGUCCCCGACGAGUGGGAGGUUCCACGGGACAAGAUCACUCUCCUGAGGGAGCUGGGCCAGGGCUCCUUCGGGAUGGUGUACGAGGGGAUCGCCAAGGACAUCGUGAAGGGAGAGCCCGAGACGCGCGUGGCCGUGAAGACGGUUAACGAGUCGGCGAGUCUGCGCGAGCGCAUCGAGUUCCUCAACGAGGCCUCCGUGAUGAAAGGCUUCAGCUGCCAUCAUGUGGUUCGACUCCUUGGGGUGGUCUCGAAGGGACAACCUACUCUGGUGGUCAUGGAGCUGAUGGCACAUGGGGAUCUGAAAAGUUACCUUCGCUCUUUGAGACCUGAUGCUGAGAAUAACCCUGGUCGCCCACCGCCGACGCUGAGGGAGAUGAUCCAGAUGGCCGCGGAGAUCGCGGACGGAAUGGCCUACCUGAACGCCAAGAAGUUCGUUCACAGGGAUCUCGCGGCUCGGAACUGUAUGGUCGCAGAAGACUUCACUGUAAAAAUUGGAGAUUUUGGCAUGACCAGAGAUAUCUACGAGACGGAUUACUACCGCAAGGGAGGCAAAGGGCUGCUGCCCGUGCGCUGGAUGGCCCCCGAGUCCCUGAAGGAUGGUGUCUUCACCACCUAUUCUGAUGUCUGGUCGUUUGGUGUUGUCCUUUGGGAAAUUAGCAGUUUGGCAGAGCAGCCCUACCAGGGGCUCUCCAACGAGCAGGUGCUGAAGUUUGUCAUGGAUGGAGGAUACCUGGAUCAGCCAGACAGCUGCCCCGAGAGGCUGCACAGCCUGAUGCAGAUGUGCUGGCAGUACAACCCGAAGAUGCGUCCCACCUUCAUCGAGGUGAUCGAGAUGCUGAAGGAGGACCUGCACCCAAGUUUCCACGAGGUCUCGUUCUUCCACAGCGAGGAGAACAAACCUCUGGAGACAGAGGAGUACGAGAUGGACUUUGAGAACAUGGAGAGCAUUCCCCUCGACCCCUCCUCGUACUCCCAGAGGGACAAAGCUCUGGGCAGGGACAAUGGACCCUCCAUGGCCCUCAAGGGGAACUAUGAGGAGCACAUACCUUACACUCACAUGAACGGUGGCAAGAAAAACGGGCGGAUUCUCUCCAUGCCCAGGUCAAGUCCUUCCUAACACUUCCUGUUCAGCCCAAGGGUUGUGUCUGCUUUCCCCCUCCCCCUUCCACAAAUCUCAGGACUCUUGUUAUUGCUGCCACAGUGUAUGACACACAUCUACAAACUCUUCAGAUUUUUAAUCAUGUUAUGAUUAAUUUUUAUUGGUUUUUUUUUUUUGUUUUGUUUUGUUUUUUUGCCAAGUUGACUGGUUGUCAGUGGACUUAUCUGUGAACAUAAAUGGAAGAGGUUUCCAUGGCUGCUGUCCCUUCUGUAACCAUGGUUUCACAACAGGAAGCGACCGUGUGAGUUCAACUGCAGGAGAAGCAUCAACGUUUGCCAA